CUCUCUCUCUCUCUCUCUCUCUCUCUCUCUCAUUACUGUUUCCAGAAGUGGGAAAUAGGCGAUGGCUGAGAAUUCAGAAGCUAAUGGAAGCCAAGGAUCAGUGGCUUUGAAUGUCGGAGACGUGGAUCCCAAUGUAGAUUCCGGCUGCUUCGUCUCUGUCCCUUUCGCCCAAAAGCUAAUCGCCGAGGUGCUGGGCACGUACUUCCUGAUAUUCGCCGGCUGCGGUGCGGCGGUGGUGAACAGUAACGAGAAGGGGAUGAUCACCUUCCCCGGCGUCGCAAUCGUGUGGGGACUCGUCGUCAUGGUCAUGGUUUACUCCGUCGGCCACGUAUCCGGGGCCCACUUCAACCCCGCCGUCACCAUCGCUUUCGCCACCUGCAAAAGGUUCCCCUGGAAACAGGCGCCGGCGUAUAUAUCGGCCCAAUUGAUUGGUUCAACGCUUGCCAGUGGAACCCUCCGGCUGAUAUUUCAGGGGAAGCAAGACCAUUUCGCCGGAACACUCCCGGCCGACCCAAACAUACAGUCCUUCGUGCUGGAAUUCAUAAUCACAUUCUAUCUCAUGUUUGUCAUAUCCAGUGUCGCCACUGAUAACCGAGCUAUCGGAGAACUGGCCGGACUUGCAGUUGGAGCUACCAUUUUGCUUAAUGUGAUGUUUGCCGGGCCAAUAUCCGGAGCCUCAAUGAAUCCAGCGAGAAGUUUGGGGCCGGCGAUCGUGUCAAACAAGUACAAGGGCAUAUGGAUAUACAUAAUAGCUCCGAUCACAGGGGCCAUAGCAGGAGCUUGGGUCUACAACAUCAUCAGGUUCACAGACAAGCCAUUACGUGAACUCACCAAAACCGGAUCUUUCCUCAAGAGCUUCGGACGCAGUGAUUCCAAAUGACAAACUUACUUAAAGAAAAUGCAUAUAUAGUUUAAGGGUGGUAGUUAUCGACAGUUUUAUAUAUAUAUAUAUAUAAGAAAUAACAUAUUUCGAACACUGAAUUUGUGGCUUCUGGUUAAAGAAUGGGCUUUGCCUCCGUCCAAUUAAUCAUGUGCAAAUUCAUUCGUGGAAAAAGGAAUGUGGAGAGACCCUUUUUGAUGUUUUUUCAUUCUGUUCAAGUGCUCUUAAAAUUUUCGACUUAAAAAAAAAAAAAAGAAUAAAAUUAAGUAAACAAAUGCAAUAAUCUGAACACUUUCAUGUGCUUCUCAAAACACAGCCUCACAUAGAUUAAGGAAUCAGACUCUUUAGAGGGGCCCUGGGGUGAGGGAUUUCACCUUUUGGUACCCAAGGAAUCAGACUCUUUAGCACAACUCUCCUCCAACCUCCAGCGUCUCGUAAUGAUUUCCAAAACUAUGACUUUCUUUUUCGUUUUGUUUUUUUUUAAUGAUGCAAAUCAAUAACUCAUUAGUAAAACCUGAAAAUCUGUCCGUAAAACAUAUACAAAUUAUGCGUCCGUAAGUGGCUUUUUUGUUUUUUUGUUGU